AUGAAAGAUCAGUCCCCGUCGGAUGAUCAAGGUCGACUAAAUGUUCCGAUAUUAGUGUUUAAUUACAUGAAGACGCGCAAGUACGGCAUUGUAGCACAAUUCCUGAGCUACAGUCGGUUGGGACAAGCUACUGUUAGUUGCGAGCCUCGGGUUUGUCCCUGGAAACUUCACUUACUCGUAGAAAAGAUGACCGGGGUACUGACCGACAAAGAAGGUUCACUGAUUUCCCAAACAAAAGCGAGGCGUUGA